CAACUUCAGUAUCGUCUGUUAGACCUUUUCAUUCUGCGUUCAUUGGCAAUCGUUUACACAUCGUUGACAAUAAUUCGAUAACAUCUAUUGUAUUUCCAAGAAUAAUUCACACAUCGCUCGAGCCGCGCAACUUGCUGUAUAACUCUUAAAGAAGACCUCUAUUAUGAUGAAUUCCGGUGGAGGUAGUCUGCCGCCUGGCCAUGGAAUUCCCCAGUUCAUGCACACUCUGCAACCAACACAGCAGCCGACUUAUAUACAACACACAAGCCAGCCAACUCAGAUUCACGCCCAAAGACAAACAAUUUCACAGAAUCCUCCCACUGAUAUACAACAGCAGGCUCAGCCAGUAUCGUAUAGUAGCAAUCAGCAAUCACAGCCAAGCACAUCAUAUAGCAAUACUCCGUCAUUACAACAGACUGUCACAACUUACAACAGUGGCCAAACCCCACAGCCUGUAAACUAUGUUAGUCAUCAGCCAGGACAGCCUGGUACAUCGUAUAGUAGUCAAAUGUCGGUUACGCAGUCAUUACCCGGUGCAUCUAGUAUGUAUCCAGCUACACCGGCUCUCCCAAUGACUCCUAUGACACCAGCAACGCCUCUUAGUGAUGGAUCCGGAAUUGUACCACAACUACAGAAUAUUGUGUCUACAGUAAAUCUUGGAUGUAAGCUUGAUUUAAAGAAAAUUGCGUUACAUGCCAGAAAUGCAGAGUAUAACCCAAAGAGAUUUGCUGCUGUAAUCAUGAGAAUACGAGAGCCUCGGACAACUGCCUUGAUUUUUAGCUCUGGGAAAAUGGUCUGUACAGGUGCUAAAAGUGAGGACUUUUCCAGACUGGCAGCUAGGAAAUAUGCACGAGUCAUUCAGAAAUUAGGUUUUCCAGCCAAGUUUUUAGAUUUUAAAAUUCAGAACAUGGUAGGAAGUUGUGAUGUCAAAUUCCCUAUACGAUUAGAAGGCUUAGUUCUUACACACGGACAGUUCUCAAGUUAUGAACCAGAAUUGUUUCCAGGUCUUAUAUACAGAAUGGUCAAGCCUAGAAUAGUUUUAUUGAUUUUUGUAUCUGGAAAAGUCGUCCUCACAGGUGCGAAGGUCAGGAAAGAGAUAUAUGAAGCUUUUGAAAAUAUCUACCCAAUCUUAAAAGCUUUUAAGAAAAUGUCAUAGUAAAGACUUGCUUUUAUUAAAUGUAAAUUGCAACUAAAUGCAACAGAAUUGGAAAAAGCUUGUGAAACUGAAAAAUAAUAAUGGCUCUAUUCUCUGCCUGGGAGAUUCUAUUCUCUGCACAUCAAUCCAGAGAAUGGAUUGGUUGGCUUAUGUAAAAUUGUGGGAUGGCACUAGCAUCGGCAGUCGUGAUACCUUCGAUGAUGGAUGCAAUAUCAGAAGAUCUAAUCAUUGUACAUACACCAAAUAAAGCAUUGAUUUUUGCAUUUAACAAAACG